CAACAAAUCAUGAAGCGAUCGGAAUGGCGGUUGAUCUUUGGGAAUAAAGUCGUUUAUCKUGACUCAAAGCUGUGAUUUGUACUAAUCCAGCACCACUGAGUCUGAAAUCAUGGAUGAUGAGGAGUCUGAAAGGCAGAAAAAGCUGCAGGCUGGUAAAGAAAAGCUGCUGCAGUUUCAAAAGAAAAAACAUGGAACAAAAAAGAAGAAAAAAAGAGAUAAAACCGGUCAAUCUACAUCUGCUGCAAGCGGUAGCGAGGCAAGCGAAGGCCCCACUUCUGAUGGACAACUUCAAGACAAUUUGAAACAGCAACCUGUUGAACACGAAGCUAAAGUAAAGAAGAARAAAAAAGAAGCUGAAGACAUAAGUCAAACUGACACUGAUCAUGAUGCUCCUUCGAUUCAUUCAGAUCAGGGAUCACCAAUUCCGUUUGAUCAGGAAGAAGGUGGAUUUCUAUCUGGUCAGCCUGGAAGCUAUACAAGUGGAGAGUACACAAGUGGAGAAGAAUCAUAUAUGUCAGAGGAAGGAGGUGUCGAUAGUCUUGUGCUUGCCAACAUCGAAAGAAACGAACUGAAAAACAGAACCACAGAACUGGAAGAAGAACUGACGGCCAAGAAAGUCGCCAUGAAGCAAAUAAGCCGAGAAAACGCGGACCUCAAAGGGAAAUUAGAACUGUUGUUAAAAGACCAGAGUGGUGCUUCAGUGAUACAAGACCUUACAAGACAAGUUGAAGAAUACAGGGAAAACCUCCAUACAAAACAGGCUAUUUUAACAGACAUCAACAAAGAAAACCAAGAAUUACGAGCAAAGCUAAGCAGCAACAAACAGGAUGGAAACWCGGAGGAACUGAUGCAAAGUUUAGAAAUAAAAAAAGCAGCRUUAGAAGAUCUUAAUAAGAUAAACGAGCUUCUUGAUGCUGAAAACAAGAAACUAAAACUACAAGUUAGUCARGGAAUGACGGGAAGCUCGGAAGAAAUACAGAAGUCGUUGGAUAUAAAAAUCGCAGCUUUAGAAGAAUCRAAUGAGAUCAACGAACGACUUAUGACCGAGAAUCGAAUGCUCAAAGAAAACAUUUCAGGCUUAUUACAGCAGUCAAACGAGGUUUACGAACUAAAGGAAAACUUGGAGAGUAAAGAAAAGCAAUUAGAUCAAGUUCAAAUUGACUAUCAAACUUUACUUCUUAAACUUGAAGACGCAGAAUCACGGACAAGUCGUGCGCAGUUUCAAGAAAGUGUUCAACAACUUGAUGAUUUGUCGGUUUUAGUUUCACGGAAAGAGGCUGAAAUUGAACAGUUAAUUGCGACUAGAACACAACUCGAAGAGAAACUGGAAAACUCUGCCCAUAUCCAUGAUCAGCUCGAGGAGAGCCAUCGACGGUCUUUUGAUCUCGAGAUGGAAUUAGAAAAGCUUCGAGCACAAAUUCGAGACAUGGAGCGAGAGGCURCUAAGUCUGCAAAUCUGUUCGACGACCUCAGAGCUAAAGAUGAAAGGUUGUUGCAGUUUAGUGAAGAAAAUGAAGAGCUGAAGARACGUCUGGCUACGAUUGAGGCUUCUAACCUGAAAGGGCUUCUUGAAGAAAGUUACAAAAAACUCGAAGAAAUGAGCUCAGAACUGGAUUCCAAGAAUAAUGAAGUGCUGUUUUUGAGAGGAAAUCAGGACUUAAGCUCUAAAAAGAUCGAAGACCUUGAGAGUCAGAUGGUAUCGUUGAGAACACACAUUGCAAACCUGGAAGAUAACUCAAUGUCGGAAAAUACUCAAAUCGAAAACUUAAAAGAAAAUCUCAAAGUCAAGCAGUUAACAGUUGCUCAGCUGAAUCAAGAGAACGAAGAUCUCCAGAAACAUUUUCUCCAGUUGAAACAUACAGAAAGAGAAGCGCAAGACAAGAUACUUCGGUUUGAAAAUGAAUUGUCCGAGAGGGAAAAACAGAUUGAACAGUUGGCCUUGACACAGAAGAACUCCGAGGACGAGUACCAGCGAAAGAUCCAUGAAUUGCAGCAGGAAAUUCAAACACAAAGACRCAAAAUUGAUUCUCUUGAAGAAAGUUCUCAGUCUGAGUCAUCUGUGGUGGAGAAUCUUAAAACAAACCUCAAAGCAAAGCAAGACACUGUGGCUCAGUUAAACAAAGAGAACGAGGAGAUUCGUKCUGAACUCGAGGAUGUUAAAGAUAAACUUGAAAAAAUGGCGGGUCAGCUAGAGAGUAAGAAAAUAGAAGGCGAAGAAAUUACCGCAGAAAGAGACAACAAACUCAAGGAAGUUAUGGAACAGUUAGCUGAAAAAGACAGCCAGUUAGAUGAUCUUAGACGAAUCACCGAUUACCUUGAAGCAGAAAAGCAAGACAUUCAAAAGGAGGUUAUGUUGUUCAAAGCACAAGCAGAAGACCUUACAUUAAAGCUAGACAUGGAACAGAAGCGAGCACUUGAAUUACAAAAUACUAUGACAACCAAAGAUGAAGACAUUCAAACACUUAGUCAACAACUACUGGACGUAAAWACUGAACAAGAGGCACUAAAGCAGGAAACACAACAACAAAGUCAAGAAAUGACGGAGACAAUACAGAGUUUGCAGCAGCAAUUGUCAGAAAACAACAGCAGUCUAAAAGUUCAAGAAGAGGAUAUGCAAAAAGCAUCUUCAGAUCUCGUGGACUUGUCAACCGUUCUYGAAGGCCUAAAAGCACAAAUAGCUGAGAAAGACAGUAAGAUCGCUGCGCUGAACAAUCAGCUGGAAGAAGAAAAAGAUCAAAGUACACUCAAGUCAAAGGAAUUGGCAGAGAUGUUUAAUGCAGAAAAGUCGCAACUCAUAAAAGAGCGGCAAGAACAGGAAGCCGUUGUGGAAACCUUAAGGAGUGAACUCGAAUCAAAGGAAUCUGAGCUCGAAAAUAYGARAACUGAAUUAGAAACCAAAGAGUCAGAACURCAGCUGAUGAAAAAUGAGUUCAUYAAUACUGCUUCUGAAGUGGARUCAUAUCRAAUGGAACUGAAAGAAGAAAAAGAUAAGAGUGUCAACUUGGAACAACAACUUGAGCUGAACAGGCGGCAAAACGAGGAAGAAGUGGAAAAGCUGCAGAGCUCUUAUCAAAAUGAACUUCAGAAGGAGGCAGAAAAACACAUGAAAGCACUUGACGAACUGAAGUCACAAACGGCACACCAGCUGCAAGAUGUAGGCCUCGAAAAGGAUGACAUGAUGAAGUCGGAGAUGAACCAGUUGAGAGCCAUCUAUGAUAAUGAAGUCAAGGUCUUGAAAGAAUCGCUUGAAAAACAGAUGACAUUGUAUGGUGAGCUAGAGAAGCAGCGAGACGAAGCACAGAUGAAUUACGACAAUACAAGGGAGAAGCUGCACAAAAAGGAACAGUCGCUGUCAGAACUGCAAAAACAACUGUUUACCACAAAACAAGAAGAUGAUAAAGUUGUCCAAAACUUAAAGRAUGAAAUCGCCAAAUACAACUCUAUGGUGUCGAAGCUUGAAGAGGAGAAAAGAAUUUUAGCAUCAAGGAAGGAAGAGGCCGAACUUCAGAAAGAAAGUAGCAUUGGAGAGAUAAAAAGGCUUGCCAGUGAGCUGGGAGAAGAAAAAGAAAGGUCGUCGAUGUUGCACAGUUUGCAAGAUAACGAAGAAGCGUACUUGGAAGAGAUCAAAUCACUAAAGGAAGAAGUCAACAGACAACAGAAACAMAUAACGGAGCUCAACGACAACCUCACAAGCUUCGAGGAAGAGCAUGAAUCUGAGGUUUCUAUCCAUGAAGAAAAGUUAAGAACCGAACAGGAAAAGGCWGUAGAGUUGGAAAAGAAACUUGUUUUGGAAAUGAGCAGCGAGAGUGUAAAGUAUCAAGAAGAACUCGAACAGGCCAAAAAAGAAUACCAAGAAACUAUYCACGGCCUUCAAGCACGUCWAGAGGAAUAUGAAAUCAACCAUGAGUUGCUGCAAGAAACGCAUGCGCAAGAAAUGCAGUCAUUCAAAGAAAAUAUAGAAGAAUACAGAUUGAAUAUGGAGCAACAAAUAUCCCAGCUACAUGCUCAAUCUGAUGAUAAAACUGAAGAAAUAAAGAAUCUAAAAGAAACCUUUGAAAAAGAAAAAGAAGAACUCUCUCUUAAUCAUAAAGAAGCUGUUCAAUCUCUAAACGAGAAACUCCAAAGUAUUUCUUCAGAAAAAGAAAGCAAAGAUGCCGAGAACAUCAACUUGCAAAAGCAGAUCCAAGACCUCAUAGAGAGGGGCGAGUCWUAUGAAACUGAAUCCUCWGRCAAGCACCACAUMGAGCUACUGAAGGAAGAAUACGAGGAUCAGAUUGAGACAYUAAAACAACAGCAGCAUCAACUAGAAGAAAAACAUGAACUAGAACUAAACGAUUUCAACGAUCAAAAAGAAAAACAAUUUAUGGCCCUUAUGGAAGAAAUUUUAGAGAAACAUCAAAGAGAAGUCGAGGAGCUGAAAAGCCAGCAACAUGGAAGUGAUAUGGAUGUUCGCUUGGAAGAAAUUGAACAAGAAACYACGCAAGAAAUCAACCGCGUGCGUGAUAGAUUACUCCAAGAAAGUGAACAGCGAAUAGCUGAAAACCAGCAAAUCCUUUUACAGCAGAUAACCCUCAAAGAAGAAGAGUUGAAGUCAGAGAGGGAGAAAGCCAGCUGUCUUGAGGGAGAAUUGUCUGGUAUAACGAAGGAUCGUGAUCGUCUUCUGCACGAAAUGCAGGUACUGACAGAAACGCGGCAUGUUGUCGACAAAGAACGAAUCCCCGUUACUGAACCCGUGAUCGCGAGGACGAUAAGACAAGUCGUGCAAGAAGAACCGAUGAUUUCUGCGACGUCUGUUGACGAGGUAGAAGGACUACCUCCUGGAUUCGACCCUGCUCCWUCCUUUUCAAGCAACACAGARCUUCUUCAKAAGAUCCAAGAGAUGGAGGACAUUAUCCAUGAAAAAACCAAGGUUGARACUAAACUGAACCAAGAACUCGGARACCUUAGGAAAGAACUAGAGAAUGAACGUCAAAAUGCGCAGCAUGAACUCAAGGAAAAARCAAACCGUGAACGUAGUCUUGAGACGAACAAAGAACGACUCGAGAUGCAGCUCUCUGCUCUGGAAAGAGAUAGUUACGAUUCCGUGCACGARUUAGCAAUGUURCAGGAUCGACUACAGGAGAAGGAACGCGUCSUCGAGGAACUCAAAGAUGAGAAAAAUAACUUACUCGCGCUGUUGAAGGAAAAUAAUGAAGUAUCUUCUCGUGAAAAAGAUUCGCUAUUAUCAAGAUCCAAUCAACAGGAAUUGAUUAUUAAGCAACUUCAAGAAAGAAUAACCUCGUCCAAUACGCUUUCGACCGACCUUCAAGACGUGUUUGGAAGACAAAUCUUGGCUCUACAGGACCAGAGAGAUGAAUUACAGCAACAACUCGAACAGCAAAAACAAGAACGAAACUCRUACAUGGAUAUUUUGGAAGAAAAGAGCACAUUAGAAGAAAACCUUCGCGUUGAGAGGGAAAAACUUUCCGAGAAGUUCAGACAAAAAGAGGUUUUAGAACGCGAAUUGAACAGAGAAAGAGCGGCGUUGCAAGAACAACUGUUUAAGCAAGCUAAACUUAACGAAGUUAUCAGACARAAGGACACAUUUGAAAAAGAGCUCAUACGACAGAAGAAUGAACUGGAGGACGAGCUUGGAGACAUCGAGAAAAAACUAUUAGAAAAAGAAGAACUUCUGAUGCGAGAAAAAGAACUUCUUGAACGUGAAAUGCAGAACAAGGAAAUUCARCUGCAGGAAUGGGAGAAAGAAUUCCACGAUAAAGAACUGGAGUUCUCGAGUUCUCUGGAUCAACUAAGAAGGGAAUUGGACACGGACUACAAACAACAGAUGUCCCACCUUGAAUCUACUCUACAAGAACAUUACCGGCACGAUGUCGAGCUGCUUGCUGCCAGUCAUCGAGAAGAGGUCGCUCGCAUGAGUGAAGACUUCGAGGAAAGGCUUAAAGUAUUGAAAAGCCAUCUAGAGAACGAGAGAUUGAAGCAGGUCAGUACUAUGAAAGGCGUUAUGGAACGACAACAGUCAAGCGACYUUGAAGAGAUCGAGAAAAARCAUUUGCAAGACCUGGAGGAAAUCAGAGAUGACUUGAGCCAGCGACAUCAGCAAAUAAUCCAAGCGGUUAAGGCCCGCCUUGACCAGGCGCAUCAAGCAGAGCUUGAAGAGGUUGAAGCUCGGUUGAUGGCUGACCAUGCCAUCAAAAUCGAGCUGGUACGUCUGGAAGUGGAAAAUGUUUGGCAGGCCAAACUGAACGACCUUGAAAAAGAGCGUAAUGCUGAGCUUGAAGAAAUGGACCAACGAUUGAAACAAAUCAAGAUAGAGUUGGAAGACACCAAAGAAAAACAURCAAGUGAAAUUAGUGAAAAGAUGUCAAAACAACGCGAAGASCUUCAAAGAGGAUUCCAGAAAGAACUAGAAGAGCAAGGCAAGUCACUUAAACAAAACCAUGAAAAAGAGCUGGAAAMAUUUGGUGAAAACCUMAAAGAAGAAUACGCUGGCAGAUUACAGGACUUAGAGAAAGAUUUCAGUUCAAGACAAGAGAAAAGGACAACAGAACUCAAACUAGAGCUAGAAAAAGAUAAGGAAGCAUUUACUGUUGCCUCGCUGGACGAGUUAGGUCAAAAACACACAGAAGAAAUGCAAAGACUUCGCGAGGAACUGMGAGAAAUCAUGGAACAAGCAGAAAAAACUAAGACCAAAAUGGARAAUGAUCACAGACAGGAAUUGCUAGAAAUGAAUAACAAAAUUACUCAUGAGUACGACAAAAUCGAAAAAUUGAGGUCGGAUUUGGAAAGUUCGCACGAUUCAAGCGCGCAACAACAAGCGCACCGUCUUGAAGAGCUUCGUGACGAGAUGGAGCAGCAGAGAAGCCAGUUGAAGAAGGACAACAUGCGGGAAAUUGAGAAGGUCAAGGGAGAGUAUGAGAGACGACUUGUAGAUAUGGAACACCUACACAGCCAAGCCGUGGAAGCGCUUAGGUCAGACUACGAGAACCAGAAACUCCAACUUGAACUUGAACAUGUGAGAGAAAUGGAAAAAUUGUCGGAAGACUUUGAAAACAGGCAUAUGACUAGCGAACACAAGAAUGCUGCAAAAAUCCGAGAGCUAGAGCAACAAUUGUUAAACUUGGGUGGAGAAUCAGAUGGCAAACAUCAAGAGCAACUUCAACAAACUGUCCGACAACUACAAGAYGGUUAUCAGACUGACUUAGAUAAGCUUGCUGAAGACCUGGGUGAAAAACACCAGCAAGAGCUGAAAAGUAUUCGAGAGGAGAUGGAUAAGGAACACCAAGAAAAGCUUGAUGAAAUGGUCGACUCGAUGCGAAACCUGAAAUAUGAACACGAGAAGGAAAUUGAAGAACUACGAGGUACUUUUGCCGAGGAAAACGUCAACAACUAUGCUAAACUCAGCACCAAAAUGGCUUUGAAGCAUGCKCAAUCSCUGGAGCAACUGCGUGCGACUUUGGAAAAGAARCACGAGAAGGAGAUGGAAGAGUUUCGAGAAGAAAGUCAAAAAGACUAUGAAAAUACCGCACUUCGAUUAUCCUCGCAAAUAGAAAGCAUGGAACUUGACCACCGYAAGAAAGUCCACGAACUAAAGAAUAAACUCAACCAAAAAGACAAAGAGGUYGAACAAUUGAAGGAGGAGCUUGACACCAAAUCUGAGGAAGUCAAUAGUUUGAGCGARAGCUACAACGAAGAUCUGCAGAAUAUCAAGAAAAAUCAAUACAACGACCUUCUGGAGGAGGUAUCAUGUGUACGUGCCGAAAUGGCAAUGGAGGCUGCUCAAAAGAUUGAAGAAGAAAGACUAAAGAGCAAUAACAAUUUUCAAGGGAAGACUGAAAUCGAAGAAGAAUACAAAAAUAAAAUCCAGAGAAUAUUGCUAAACCACGAGAAGGAAAUAACUGARUUAAGCCAAGAAUAUGAUAAACAAAUCAAAGAACUAAAAGACGAGGUGAAGAUUGCAGAGACAUGGGGAAAGACAAACGGAGAAGACUCGCGCUUUGAACAAUUUGAAAAGAAACUACAAGAUAUCAAAGACCAUUAUGAAGGAGAAAUUCAGAAACUACGUAAAUCAGAAGAGUCGAGCAMUUCGGAAGAUCAAGAGAAACAUAUUCAAGAGCUCAUGGAGAAGCAGGUAAACACAGCAGUACAUGAAGAGAGAAGUAAACACGAGAAAGAGCUGGAAAGUCUAGCUUCUGUACAUCAACAACAGCUUGAAGCACUUCAAGAAAAACAUACACAAGAUAUGGAAAGCUUUAAGAAAGAUUUAUCGGCAGAAGUUGAGGCCAUGAGAGACGAGCUGCUCGGUGCGUCUGAUGAUGAAAAGUUUGAAUUGUUCAGAGAAGCCUUAGAAAAGAAGCAUUACGAAGAACUGGUCGAGCUCAAGGAACAUCUUGAUAAUCGGUACCAAGAAGAUCUUGACACUGUCAAGCUAAAUUACUCCAAUGAUGUCAACCGUUUGUCUAACGAGCUUCUGUCAUCACAAGAUCAGGAAAGGUUUGAUGUUCUGAAGAACUCUUUGGAGAAUAUGCACAGAAAGGAACUGGAGACGCUGCGAAAUGAUCUGGAGUCGGAGCAUGAAGAACAACUCAAAAACCAACGAAACGAAUUCGUUGAAGUUCUAGAAGCCAAGAAAGGUGAAGGUGAUGAUGAUCUGAAGRAGAUCUAUCAAGAACGACAGCAAGCUGAACUUGAAGCUUUACGACAACAGCUUCAGAAAGAACACGAGGAGCAGCUUGAUUUGCUCAAGAAAGARUUCUUGGAAAUGUUAAGAGAAAAGGAAGYUAGUCUUGCCAAACCUGAUGACGAUAUUGAAAGAAUGAAAAARCUGCGAGAAAAACUUGCUGCUGAGCAUGAAGAAGAUAAAGAGAAGAUGAAGCUCGAGCUUUUGUCGAAAGUUGAGGAAUUUAAAGACCAGUUACAGGACGCAGCUGAGAAGGACGUCAAGGAAGCCAAGGAGGCUUUUCAGGAAGAGAUUACACGCAAAGAACAAGAACUGAAUGGAAAAUGGMAAGAGAAGCUUGAUAGGCUUAGUAACGAACAAUCACAGCAAAGGAACUCUCUCGAAGACAAGCAUAAAGAAGAGAUCGAUAAACUACAAGGCAGACACCAAAACGAUAUCAAAGCUCUACACGAGAAAUUUAACACAGAGCUCCAAGCUGAACGCGCAAAACUGGAGAGUGAAAAGAAACAAGAUUUAGAGAGGCUUAAAACUGCUAUGGACGGCAGUAUCAGUGAACAGCAGCAACUCCAAAUGAACAUGCUCCAAGAGCAACAUGAACGUGAGCUGGAGAACGUGAGACAGGAAUUGGUGGACGCGCACAUGAAGAAAUUUACUGAAAUGGCGUCAAAACUUGAGGAAGAACAUAAGACUGAUUUAGUGAAAGCACAAGAAGCCGUGCGUGUAGAAAUGGCACAAAGGCUUCAGGCUGAACUUGAACAAGCAAGAGAAAUUGCCCGCCUCGAGGUUGAACAGGAACAUCUACAAAAUCUUCAACAACUUGAGGAAAGUCUUGGUGAGAAGCAUGCCGAGCAGUUGCAUGGUUUGGCUGACUUACAGGAGAAACACAUGGAAGAGAUCGAAAUGCUAAAGACUGAACAUCAACAGCAAAUAGAAAAGAUCACAUCAGACCUUAGCAGCAGGCAUCAAGAUGAGUUAUCUGCCGUCAAUCUUGCUGCCAACCAAGAAAUAUCCCAAGCAAAGGAAGAACUUGAGGCUGCUCACAAAAACGAGAUUGAAUCUUACCAAACAGCUCUAGAAGAAGAGAAAGCUCGUGUACUAGCUCUGGAGGCUGUACAAGGCAGCUUGCAAACAGCACAUAAAGAAAUCAUGGAGAAAGCAAAAGACGAGACAGAUCGCCAGGUAGAAAAUUUACAGGCACURAUGGAUGCUUCACAUGGAAACCAGGUCAAAGAACUACAGGAUUUGAUAGAGAGCCAACACAAGGAGGAACUUCAACGCGUUCUUARCGARCUUGAGAUGGUGAAACAGCAGCACAACGAAGAGAAGAUGUUGAUAGAAGCGCGUUAUGCUGAUGAACUUCAAAAAGAACAACAGAAAUAUCAAAAAGAACUCGAUAGUGGACGAGAAAAGUUGUCAUCCAAAGAACAGGAACUCAAUGAACAGCUGAAAGAAAUCAAGACCACGAAGGAGCAACUCGAAGACAAAAUCAAAGAGCUUCAAGAAGAAAAUGAAAUCAUCCAACGAGACGUAAAAAGAACGCAGGAACGUUACGACAUGCUGAUGGCGCGACAUGAGAGAGAGCACCAGGAAGACCAAAACCUUGUUAGUAUGYUGAGAUCAGACGUGGAUAGAUUCGCUGAAGAGAGAGAUGCUUUGCAGAAUACAAACAACCGAUUAUUAAAGCUGUUAUCAGAUACCGUGAAAUCAGCAGCGGCUGCUGAAGACACCAUCAAUCGCCAGUUAGAAGACUUGAUCGAAGAGACCAGUCAGUCCGAGAGUGGCAUAGGUGGAGGGGAUGACUUCUCCUCAGCAACGUUAUCUGCUGCUUUCCCACCGGACUCUGYCAAGCGAGUACGCUUUCUUCCACCAGGUGCUGCGACGUCGACACCUGCAGCGGGACUUGGGAUGCCAAGACCUGACGACGGUGAUGACGGAUCCGAUGCUGGCGAUACUACUCUCACAAACAAGUCUGAUUUGUCUUUYUUGAGUGACGAGGGACUAGAAGUUUCGCAGCUCGCUAUGACUGAUAGUUUGUUCCAAGGACCCAGCCUUGACGAGCAGGGAGAAGAGCUUGUCAUUGAUAGUAGAAGUAGACUCAAGACUGCUGUGGACAAGUUACUGGAAAUGGUUGCWCUACUUACCAGACAGUUAAAUCAAGCAAGAUUGGCUCAGAAAGAACUCCAUGAUACUACAGCACAGCGUAAUGAUGAACUCGGCCAGCUCAUGUCMGCACAAGAAAACCUGAUGACACGUCUAGAAGAAGAGCUCCAGGAAAGAGAACGACUAGAGAACGAAUUAAGGAAAGUCAAUGAACAGAUGGAGGAGUAUGCUGCAGAGAACGAGAGACUUGAAGCUGAACUUGAAAAGAAAAAGAAUGAAACUGAAAAGGUUGAAAUUGAAAAAGAAACUGACUUGGAACAAAAGUUGGAAGAGCUGCAGAAAGAAAACGAGAAUCUCAAAGCACGAGACGAAGAAAAGCAGAAWGAGAGCCGCGCCUURGAUGAUAUUCAAAAAACCAAUGAUGAACUCARUGAAAAGCUAGCAGAACUAGAGAAAAAGAACAAACUACUCGAAGAAGAGGCCAAAGUCCUCAGCGAAAAGGUCGCAGAAUCUGAAAGUAUAAACAAGAAAGCACAGAAUGAAAUGCAAAAUCUUGAAAAUUCGCUGAAAGAACUGAAGACAGAGAAAGAACGGAUUGAACAGGAGCUAAAUAAAGAGAAGGAAACUCAAUCAGUUGAUACUGAKACUGUUCCUGAAGAAGAUAACGAGUUGGUUUCCAAGGUGAAGGAAUUGGAAUCUGUCAAUAAUGGACUUACCGCCCAACUUGAGGAUGCAGCAAAGGAAAAAAMURAUAUCCUUGAAGAGAAUGAGAARAUGAAGGAAGAAAACGASUCACUUGUMCAACGAYUGKCAAGYCUCGAGAAGGAAGCGAAUAGAUCACAGAUGACUGGGUCCGAGGGGGAGGUGAUUUCUGAGAACGAGAGGUUAAAAGAAGAGAACCAAAACCUCAAGGUAGAACAUGGAGAGCUGGUCGAAGACAACGAGAAACUCAAGGAUGCUAUCGAGCAACUUCGMGARGGAGUWCAGCACCUUUGGGACGAGAAAGAAGAAGCAAAUAAUACAAUCGCUAAGCUGAAGGCACAGUUGUCAGAUAGCGAUUUAAAAAGCUAUGAAGAAGCCGAGAGUCUAAAAGCUGACUUAAAAGAGUUAAAGGACAACAAGAAGCAGUUGAACACAGAGCUAAAUGAGGCUGUAGAACUUCUUAAAGCCCAAAAAGAACAGCUAAAAACUUCAGAAGAUAAGUUGAAUUAUGCUCAGAAAGAGAAUGCAAAAGACAGAGAAAAAAUCUUACAGCUUCAACGCGCUCUCGUGGGGAAAGAAGAAGGGAAUAUCCCUGUGUUGGUCGUUGAGAAUGUUGAAAGUGACUUCCCGCCUCAACUCGAUGAUCAAGGGAUGUCUCAAAUGGAUGUCCAGGACAUGAAAGAUCGUAUCAAAGAACUUGAGCAACAGCUUGAAGCCUAUCAAAUAGAGCAUGAAGAAACUAUGCAUGAGGCUGACCAGGCGGACAAGUUGAUGGAGCUUGUCAAACAGGUGUCAUCCGAAAAAGAAGAACUAGCGAAUCGUCUGCAAGAAAUACAGGAGAAAUUCAACAUCGACAAUCUUGAAAAAGAAACUCGAGAGCUUCUAGAGGCCGCCACCUCUGAACUACAGGAAGAAAUCAAAGUACUAACGAAAAGAAAGCAGGAACUUGAAAGCGAACUAGACGAGAAGUCAGUGCGCGAAGUUGAACUUCUUGAACGUUUGAAUGAGCUACAAGAAGAACUUGCCAAAGCAUUGGAGUCGAACGUGAAAGACCAAGAGCUUUUAAAAGACUUAGAGGCCCGAAAGCAAGCCGAAGAAGAAUGGCAACGCGAAAAAGAGACUUUCCAAAACCAACUAUAUGAAAAACUGAUGGAGAUAUCGCAACUAAAAGAGGAAAUCGAUCGAACAAAGCGUUCAGGCGAACCCAAGCAAGCUCCUGACSCAGCGCUGGACGAGAUGAAAAGUGAACUUGAGGAAAAGAGUAAAGACAUUGAAAUUCUUAUGGAGCAGCUCCACGCGUUUAAAACCGCUUACGAUGAAAAAGACGAAGAGUAUAAACUAGUGGGCGAGCAAAUGGACGAGAUGAAGUCCAUGGUCGAAGAACAACAAAAACUCCUUGAAGACCAACACGCCAAACUGACUGAACAAGACUCCAUUAUCACUCAAAAGGAAGUGCAGUUGAAAGAAUUUGGGGAACUUUUGGACAAAGUCAAGGAAGACGGCAGUGGAAAGGGGAAACUUGAGGAAGCUUUGAUUCAGAGUCGUACAAAACAAAGCGAGCUUGAAAGCAAUAUAGAGAAUCUAAACAAACUCUUGAAAGAGAAAGACGAAGAGCUGAAAGGACACAUGGCAGAGGCUAAAGGACUCAAAGACCAAAUCGAAGAUAAUGUUUCUACACAGGUGUCGUUGUCUAAUGAGAUACAACAACUUAAAGCCAAGCUUGAGAGUAGCGAGAAUGAAGUCAAAUCCAGAGACCUCAAGAAUGAAGAACUACGGCAAGUUAUUAAACAAAAUGUUGAACAACAAAAGGUAUCCAGUGAUGAAAUCGAACAACUUAAAGCCGUCAUUAAAACACAAUCUGACAUCCAUGAAGAUGAAAUGAAUAACCUGAAGAAAACUUAUGAACAAGAAAAACAAAACGUGGAACAGCAAAAAGAGCGAAAUCCACAGCUUAAGAGUUCCGAGGAAGAACUAAAACGCCAAUACGAAGCCAGAAUAAUUGCGUUAAAAGAAGCUGAGAAGCAACGACACGAAAAAGAUUUGAACAUAGCAAGAACCGAAAUGGAAAAGGAACAUCUGGAGAAACUCAACAAUGUUCGACAAGAACUCCUAAAAUCGCAUCGCCAGCACAUGGACCAAAUCCAACAAGAACACCAGAGCGAACUAGAAAGACUAAAGUCUCUCUCAGGUGUCGAUCCACUGACCCCUGAGACAAGAGCUCGUUUGGAAUCUAGUUCAGACGAGAACGAAAAGUAUCGUGUCCUACUCGGUCAUAUACUUGAACAAGAAAGAUCAAUGUCUUCAGAAGAAUCUCAAGAACCACAGGCUGAUGUUAUCGAGAGAUUAAUCAAUAACCUGAAUACAGAGGCACAAACCAUCCAGAAUCUUGCGCAGUCUGUGUCGUCACCCAACGAGGCUGGUCCUCAGUUGACGUCACUACAGACUGCAUGGUCAGCGGAGAAGAAAGCCUUGCUGGACGCCAUUCAGGCUUUAAAGAAAUUAGUUGCACAGACAAGAGAAACGGCUUUGCCUACAGAAAGCACAGUAGACUGGAGAGGAGACUUACUGAGAGCUGUUCAAAAGGUCAUGGAGAAAGACCAAGAUGUCCAGUCAGCAGAACUACGCACGCAACAGCUGGUGACCGGUGAAACUAUCGCUGUACCUAUUGAACAACAUCUACGAAAACAGGAUGAACGCAAUGAAAGUUUCGUGAAAGAAUUGCUCAGUAAAGAUCGUAUGUCUCUCUUGGGUGAGCUACAGGAACUGAAACAACGAUUGGCGGUGGCAAAAGAUGCUCCAGCUACACAGCUUCAGCAAAUCAAUGAAGAACUUGAUUCUGUCAGGGAAGAGGCUCAGAGGCGUGAGGAUGAACUAAGAUCACAAUUACAAAAUAAAAUCAACCAAGUCCAACAAGAAAAGGCAAUUGCAGAGGCUCUACGGUCUGCUGUUGACACAGAACAAGCCGACAAGACUGACCUUUUAAACAGCUUAAAUCAAGAACGGUCCAAAAUAUCUGAGCUUAAAGAAGCGCUUGCUACAGAAAAAGCCCAGGUGGCUGAUCUUCGAGGCGUGUUGGAUAAAGAACGAGUACAGAAAUCCACAGAGAAAACAUCUCUCGAUGCAGAAAGAGUUCGCGUUUCCAACCUAACUCAAGCCUUGGAAAUCGAACGUGUGAACUCAAAGAAGUUUCAAGAUGCAUUUGAGACCGAACGUCGACGCGCUAAAGAGCUGUCGCUUCGACAGGCACAGGCCAAUGAUGAACUACGUAAACAGGUGACUGACAUGUCUCAAAGAAAAACCGAACUUGAAGUAGCGUUGGAACGAGAAAAGAUUAUCUCAUCGAAUUUAGAGUCGGAGUUGGAAACAGAGCGAUCGCUAAAGGCUGAUGCUAAAGUCAGAGAAAAUGAUGUCAUCGAGCAAAUGUUUGUGGAACUCAAGCAAGAACGAGAUAAAAAUGCUAGUUUAGUCGAUCUGCUCGAUCGUGAACAACAGAAAUCGAAUGAAUUACAGAAAAAACUCGACACCCAAGGACCUGAUCAAAGAACUAAAGUCAGAGAACUAGAAAACACGGUUCAAGGAUUGCAAGAAGCCUUGUCAUUAGAAAGAACUCACGCCUUGGACUUGAGCAACGCUCUUGAUGAUGAAAGAGAUAAAAAGACCGAAAAUCUCGUAGCAAAGGAAUUGAGAGAAGCUUUAAAUGGGGUCCAGAAACAACUGGUCGAACUCACUGGUGCUCUCGAGGCUGAGCGUCAACGCGCGCGCAAAAUGCAAAACGAACGCGAUAAACAGCAAGUAACUGCGAUGACUCACCGUGAAAGAGAGAAGCAAUUAAGUGAAGAACUGGAAACUGAGAGAAGCAAGCGGAUUGGUGUGGAAUUAAAACUAUCAAGAGAAAGGGAAAGAGUGUCUGAAAUGGAAAAAGAAAACCAAGACAUGAAGAAUAAAAGUGAAUCAGAAACGAAUACAUACCCGAUGCGCAUACGAUUAUUAUUAUUACAACAACAGUUAGAAUCAAUGAGACAACAACACCAAGUCUUGAUUAAUAAACAUGAAGCAGAGGUUCAAAGAACUAAAGACCAGACAACAAGAAGCACCCUCCCUUUAAGUBAUAUCCAGAAGGGAUUAGCUAACUUAUUGAAGGAAUUGGAUCAAAUCAGAGCAACGCUGACUGUCCACAUCGAUGACAACGAGACGGUGCCUUUAUCACCCAUCAAGUCCGCUGCUUAUGAACGUGCUAUCAGGCAAAACUCAGAGCUUGUAACCUACAUUGCUAAAGUGAACGAGGAAAAGACAGAACUCUUAACAACUCUGAGAAACCUAGAGGAACAAGUGUCGGAGUACAGAUUAAAAGAAAAGACAAGCGAACAGGGGGCUAGACAAGCUAAAGACCACGCUGAAUCUGUAUUAGCCGCUGAACGAACCAUGUGGGAACAGGAGAAACAGAAGAAUCAAAACGCAUUGAGUGCGGCUCGUGCUGAACUGAGUCGACUCAGAGACGAGGUGCGAAAGUUCGCUGACAAGCGAACUGCAGACACUACAGUACCUGGAAGUCAGCAAAUAGAAGGAACGUGGAGUCAAGCUAAGAUUCAAAAGCUGUAUAGCCGUUACGUUCGCGCUGAGAGUUUCCGAAAAGCCUUAGUUUAUCAAAAGAGAUAUCUUCUGCUUCUAUUGGGAGGUUUUCAAGAAUGCGAACAAACAACUUUGGCUAUGAUAUCCCGUAUGGGUGCUUUUCCAGUCGAUCAACCCUCUAAACAUCCACGAGGUUUUUCGAGGUUUAGAAUGGCAGUUCGUGCGGUUAUUGCCAUCGAGCGCAUGCGAUUCCUUGUUAAUAAGACCAAACGCGUUAGUAAACGAGUGUCUGGAGUAGAUGACCAUAGUGGAUCAAGUAGAAGACACACCGGACCAUCAAACAGCCCCGGCUCAACAACUAGAGCAAAUCAAACGAUAUAUGAACCUAUACAUGCUAAAAGAAAUAUCGAACCUUCUUUUCCUGGAAAUGCGUCUUUAGACACGCGGAGGGAUCCCGUGGGGGGUCCCCUCGUGAGUAAUGCACAAGUCACUCCUAUUCCUUUAACUACUAUUCCAUUAACUAACGGUUAUGGGGACGAUAGAAGACAGCCUCAUGUGAUAGGUAGAACACAACCAUUAACGUCUGUCUCACUAGCAAGUGAUUCAACAGUACCUUAUACAACGAAAACGACUAGAACCGCUAGUCCACCGAGAACUUCCCGAUCUUCUCCGAGUACUUUACGGACAUCGCCUCGGUCAUCGACGGGCCGAUAUCGUCCUCCGAUGUCACCUCCAGUUCGGGAUUCAGAUUCUGAAGAAAGAGAACACGAUGGGUUGGUUUCACGAUCCCGACAUUCUUCGCCACGGCCAUUGAGUAGUUAUGAUGAGCACAGGAACACAUCACCAGCCAGCUCGAGUACCGAACCCUUCCAUGUGGAAAAUGGUGAUCAUUCUUUAUCAAUGUACAUACAAAGACUAGAAUCCCUUCAAAACAGAUUGGCAAAUGCCAGUAAAGUUGGCCAGACAAAACCAACAAGGUCCAGACUAUACUGACAGACUCCUUUAGAAGUGGAUUUCCUCUUUACUGUAAAAAAAGACAGCUGAAAAUGAGAUAGACAUUUUUAUAAAAUACGAUGAUUUAAAGUCGAAAAAACGCAUUUUACAGCGAUACAGAAGAAUUAAGCGCAUUUUUCUUGCAUUAUUAUUAUUAGCAUUCGGCUGUAUUUUUGAACAUAGUCAUUUUUUCAAUAUUAAGUAUGUAAAUAUGUUCUCUUUCAAGCUCUUUAGGUAAAUAUUGAUAGUUAAUAUAUGGAUAACUUCAGCGGGAGUUAUUCGCGCUCUUUUGUAAAUUCAUUAUGCAUAGUUGCCAUUCAUAAUUAGUUUUUUUGAACUAAAUUGUCGGUUUGUUUUGAUAAUAACAUUGCGUGUCUUAUACUUGUAUAUUUUCAUUUGUUUUGUGGAAAUUAUCAAAAUUCUAUAAUUAUUACUUAUGAUUUAUUACAAAUAUUAAUAUAUAUAUAUACACAGAAAGGUUGAUUUUCUUGAAAAUGUCUUAAGUGUACAGAGAUAUUGCUAUAGGAUGUGUUUAAAUAAUUAAAAAUUCUAAUAAAAAAUGUUCUUUGGAAA